CCCGCGCUACAUCCGGUCCUUUCGCAAACCUGCCCUCACUUCGCCCCUCAUUCCGCUAUUUUCUGGUUGUGGCUCGCAUUGCACGAUACGAUUCAAGCAGCACGAAACCUUGGUCACGAUUCCAUCGCCCAGCGACCCGCAACACCGUAUCGGUGGUGUGUUCGCGCCCGCCAGUGCGCAUCCACGCCAGCCUGAUUGUUCAGAUCAGUCGGGUCCGCAAACGUGGUCCUGACGCUGGUUGCGAGCACACCAUCUUUUGGUUCUGCAUCUCGCCGCGAUGGCUGCGGCAGAUGGAGGCUUGCCGCCAUCGGCGUCCAUCAUGUCUCUCAAUAGCAAUGCCAAUGGCGCUGCAGGCUCGCGCGCGAGCAUCAGUCGUUUCCCUAUCGCUCUGAUCAGGGCCUACCUGGAGUUACUGUUGCCGGUGGUCAUGGCAGCUACACCGGCCGCCCUUGAAGAGUCGCUGUUCUCAUCUUCCCUUGGCGAUGUCGACGACGACGCCAAAGGGGACGGCUGGCACUCCGUCGCAUCUGCAUUUGCCACGGAUCCUUCCACCAUGACAGUGUACAUCGACAAGGUCAGAAGAGAUACCAGCGGAUCAGGUAGCGACGGACUCUUCGAGUACCGAUUGGAUACACACCCUACGUAUAGCCCGCGACACGUAUCUUCGAUAGCCUUGAUCAAGCGCGCAGGCGCUCUCGAUCCGGCUCUUCCCCUUCAGCAGCAGGUUCACGUUCUAUCCCUGUUCGGUCCCGCAUCUGAAGCGGGCAGGCACGCCAGCGCUGAGGGCGUCGCCGCCGCGCCUGAGCUAGGUCGUGAAGAUGGUCGAGGCGGAGAAGAGGAGGGCACCACGAUCAACAUUCGAGAGUCUCCGUACGAAGCUUUGCACUCGGUGGUGCACCACGUCAUGGCGCCUUGGUUUGACGCGUACGUCAGCAGCAAGGAAGACGACUCGAAGACUUCUGCAGCCAAGGCGGCCAAGCCCAAGAGUAAAGAUGCUGAUGCCAGGAUAGGUGUGCCCAUGGCCAAGCGAAAAUUUGCAGAGCUGGAGCUCAGCUUGCUGCACCUGCAGCAGAACGUCGAGAUUCCAGAAGUGUAUCUGAGCUGUCACCCUCAAGUCCGUGCCACAGUCGAGAGGUGUCAAGCAGCAAAAAGCAAGGCAACUGUGGAAGAGGUGCGCCCGAGCUCCCUCCUGCAGGACAGCACGUUUCUCAACCAACUGCAAUCGGACGUGAACAACUGGGUGAAAGAGGUGCAGUUGGUUACACGCCUCGAUCGCGAUGUCAGCUCCGGUACUGCGUCACAAGAAAUCAAUUUCUGGCUUUCCAUGGAGCGCGCGCAAGAUCACAUUGAGCAACAGCUGCGAUCCGAACCAAUCACCCUCACGCUUGAUAUCUUAAAGCACGCCAAGCGCUUUCACGCGACGGUCUCUUUUCUGGCCGACACUGGCCUUAAGGACUGCACCGAGAAGGUCCAAGCCUACAACAUCCUUAUGAAGGAAUUUCCGCUUGACAGCCUGUUGUCAGCCACUGACUUUGACAAGUGCAUCGACGCCGUGCAAGCUGUCUUCAAUCACCUCAACAAGAAGAUGCGCGUAAGCCCAUACCCAGUCAAACGCGCCCUUCCGCUGGUCGAAGCCAUUUCGCGCGACGUAAACGACGCCGUCCUCAAGAUUUUAGGUGCUCAACGGGUGAUGUAUCAAGACUUCUCGCGGUUCUGCGACACGAUGCAAGGAGCUGGAGAUGUCUUUGCAACGUGGGAUGACGUAAUGCGCGAGUUCGUCAACAUCGCACGUGAAGUCACGCGCAAGCGCUCGGAAAAGUUCAUGCCCAUCAAGAUCAAUCCCGCACAUGCAAAGCUGCGGGAGAGACUCAAUUACUUGAGCGCAUUCAGGAAAACGCAUGAACAGCUGCGUGUCAUGGUGACUUCAGGGCGGGGAAUCGCUCUAGCCGCGAGCGGUGGCCAGACAGGUCUCAACACCAGCGGCAUCGCCAGAACUCAGGCGAGUGCCCACGCCUUCUCUGGAAUACAAAUGGCCGACGAAAUCACAGACGCAUUUGACGUCGUCAAAGUUGUGGACGUUCUGGACGUUACCGAUGAGGGUACUGCAAUAUGGUCUGCGGCCGAAAGUGCUUACAACGAGCGCGUGGCGCGUGUGGAAAAUGGCCUCAUUGCAAGACUCAGAGACUUGCUCGGCCAGGCUAAAAAUGCUCGGGAAAUGCUCAGAGUCUUGAGCCAAUUCAACACUCUAUUCGUGCGCCCCAAGGUCCGCGGCGCUGUACAAGAGUAUCAACAGCAGCUCCUCAACAGCGUGAAGAGCGACAUAGCGGGUCUGCACGACAAAUUCAAGGCUCAAUACCGUCCUUCGGAAGCCAAUCACAUGUCUCAACUGCGCGACAUCCCUGAAAUUGCGGGUGCGAUCAUUUGGGCUAGACAGAUCGAAAGACAGCUCAUGGUGUACAUGAAGCGUGUCGAAGACGUGCUUGGAAAAGGCUGGGAGCUAUAUGCCGAAGGCCAGAAAUUGCGAUCUGAAAGCGAGACAUUCAGUCGCAAGCUUGAUACCCGUCCCCUUUUCGACGGGUGGCUGCACGACAUCAACAGGCGCGACAUGACCAUAUCCGGACGUCUCUUCGAGGUUUCUCGAAAUCGUGCCACUGGCCAGUAUUCCUUGGGAGUCAAUUUUGACCCUCAAGUCAUAGCGCUCUUCAAGGAAGUCAGACAUUUGUCUUGGCUUGGAUUCCAAAUUCCGCACCUGAUCAACAACUUGGCGCGCGAUGCAAAGCGCGUCUAUCCGUACGCAGUCAGUCUGAUGGAAACCGUCCGAACUUAUAAUCAGACAUGCGCACAAGUUCGGGAGCAUCCCAGAAUCGCUUGCCUGCUUGCAAGAACCCAGACCGACGUCCACAAUCUGAUCACAUCGGGCACUACACUGCGGUGGGAGCACUUCGCGAACGCGUACGAGAGUCAUCGAGCGAUUGCAGCCUACUUGCCAGCUUCGUCAACUGCAGGUGACGGGCUGCGAGACAACAAGCAAGUCAGCUAUGUGAGGGCUUUUGCUAGCGCUGUGAGCGUGUUCCAAGAUCAGACCAACGCACUCAUCAAUAUGAAUGGCGAGACCUCCAUCUUGGUCGACGAGCUGGCAAGCUGCACCUACACCCGCUCGGCUUUUGCAGAGAGGCUUGCCAAAAUCCAGAAGACCAUCGAUCGUCUCAAUCUAGACGGAUACCCAAAUCUUGACGACUGGGUUGCCGAGCUCGACGCGCGGAUAGAGCAGGUCCUCAUGGAGAGGCUGCGCCUGAUUUCCAUAGCUUGGUGCGAAGAAUUUGCGCGAAGCGAAGAGACUCGGGAAGGUGGAAGUGCAGGUGCGGCACACCGCGAGAAUGGAGCUCCUGGGGGGCGCCACCGCCGUCGCGAUGUCAAAGAAAACCGACUCUCUCCGGCUGAGAAAGCCGCGCUUGAACGCGAUCAUGUCGAGCUAUCACCCGUCACACACGAAAUCAGAAUUAGGAACCAAAUUAUCUAUCUGGAUCCGCCUAUCGAACACGCUCGAGCCAGCUGGUUCACCCAACUUCAUGACGUCUUGGGAGUAGCUUGCGGCUUGCGUCGCGUACAGAGCGCACGCUACGAGAUGGGCGUACAGAUGCAAAAGCUUGCUAGGGAUGUUACGACCGCCGACGUCACGUACGCUGGACUGUUGACCCGCUUCGAGGACACUACUUUGAGCCGGCCUUUCGCCCUUAUCGAAGCCAAGGUACAGGAGGUCGGCCGCUACGUCGCCAAAUGGCUGCGAUUCCAAAACCUCUGGGACCUUGAAGCCGAGCAUGUCUAUGCUACUCUGGGCGAUUCGCUCGCUCGAUGGCAACAGCUGCUGGCUGGUAUUCGCAAGACGCGAGCAACUUUCGACACCUCUGAUACCCAACGAGCCUUCGGAAUGGCGGUCAUAGACUACGAGCAAGUUCAAAGUAAAGUCAACGCAAAGUACGAUGCUUGGCAGCGCGAUGUGCUGAAUCGUUUCGGAACAAAGCUGGCUGCAGAGAUGCGCGAGACGUAUGCGGCCAUUCGCAAAGCCAGAUACGAUUUAGAGCAGCACAGCAUCGAAUCCAGCUCCACUGCGCAGACGGUCACUUUCAUCACGUUUGUCACGGACUUGAAGAGGCAGACCAAGAAGUGGUCACCUCAGAUGUCCAUCUUCGCCACUGGUCAGAAGACUUUGGAGCGUCAGCGCUACAUGUUCUCGCAAGACUGGCUAUAUGCAGAUCAGGUGGAGGGUGAAUGGAGCGCAUUCAACGAGAUACUGGCUCGCAAGAACUCCAGCAUUCAGGAGCAGCUUGCAGGGCUGCAGAUGAAGAUCAUCGCCGAGGACAAGAUUGUGUCUGACAAGAUCGCGGUGCUGGUUACGGAGUGGGAGCAGCAAAAACCAAUAGAAGGCACGCUUAAAGCGGACACGGCCUUGAAUACGAUCAGCCUCUUCGAGGGCAGGGUUGCUCGUCUGUGCGACGAUCGCGAUCUCGUCAUUCGCGCGAAGGAGGCCCUGGACCUGGAGCACACUCCGGACGAUCGUGUUGAGCCCGUACAGGAGGAGCUUCGUGAUCUCAAGGCAGUAUGGACCGCCCUCUCGGGCACGUGGAGCCAGCUGUCUGAACUUCGUGAUAGCAGCUGGAACAACGUGCAACCUCGCAAACUCAGACAGCAGCUCGAUGGUCUGCUCAACCAAACAAAGGAUAUGCCAAGUCGCAUGCGCCAAUAUGCGGCUUUCGAGUACGUCCAGAACAUUCUUCGAGACCUGCUCAAAUCCAACGCGCUGAUCUCGGAACUGAAGUCAGAAGCGAUGCGCGAGCGCCAUUGGCGAGCUUUGUUCAAACAACUUCAAGUGUCCACGCCCUACUCCCCCACCUCGAUGACGCUAGGCAUCGUGUGGGACUUGGGUCUGAAGCGUCACGAGCAAGCCAUCAAAGCGGUCAUUAUGCAAGCACAGGGGGAGAUGGCCCUGGAAGAAUUCUUGAAGGAAGUGCGUGAACGGUGGACCAGCUAUGAUCUCGAUUUGGUCAAUUAUCAAAAUCGCUGCCGAUUGGUCCGAGGAUGGGACCAGCUCUUCCAGAGCGCAGGCGAUCACCUGUCUGCUCUCAAAUCCAUGGCAAAUUCGCCUCACUACAAGGUCUUUGAAGAAGAAGCAGCUCUCUGGGAGAGUCGCCUUUCUCAGGUGUCCGCCCUGUUCGAACUCCUUCGCGAUGUCCAGCGACGUUGGGUGGAUUGCGGAGGGAUAUUCAGUGGCCCUGAAAUGCGGCACAUCUUGCCGGUAGAAACAUCUCGCUUUCAAGUCGUUGAUACCGAGUUCCUCACCAUUACGAAGCGUAUCAACAAAUCUCCCUAUGUACUGGAUGUGAUCAACAUCCCCAGCAUCAACCAGUCUCUUGAUCGCUUGCACGAUCUGCUCGACAAGAUUCAGCGUGCACUUGGAGCAUUCUUGGAGAAACAACGCAACGUGUUUCCGCGCUUCUACUUUCUUGGCGACGAGGACCUGCUUUCGCUUUUGGGCUCAAGCAAAGACGUUAUGCGAGUGGGAACUUACAUCGCCAAGAUGUGGCAAGGUGUCGCCUCCGUCAUCUUUUCGGACGACAGCAGCCUCAUCGGGGUGCGCAGUCCUCAGGAUGAGUAUGUUGAGCUAACGAGAUCAGUGCCAACGGCCGGCAUCGCUGUACAUGAGUGGCUGCAGGGGCUAGAGACUGAGCUCCGCAAGUCUGUCGCAUUCGCUAGCGAAGCUGCUCUUGCAAAUUUAGCGAUGUUCUUUACCCCCUCGUCCUUCGAAGCUGAGAAGCUUGUCGACUGGAUCGAACGUCACAUUGGCCAAACGACGAUCUUGGUGCUCGGCAUCCAGUGGACCAAGCUAGUUGAGCAUUCCCUCCAAGAAGGCAAGGAUGGCUUGUCCGCAGUGCUCAACCUGGUAGAAUCCGCGCUGGAUGCACUGGCUGACAGCGUAGUCCAGGACUUGCCGGCACUGAAACGCAAGAAGAUCGAAAACCUGCUAGUCGAGCUGGUUCACGAACGUGACGUCCUUCGCGACUUGGUCUCGCAUGGCACGAAGACCUCAGAUGAUUGGAGAUGGCAGUCUCAGAUGCGUUAUUACUCUGAGACGUCUACGGGGACCGGAAACGCACCCAGCGCUCGCAUCGAGAUGGCAGAUGCGUCCUUCUCCUAUGGUUUCAACUACACAGGAGUGCCCGAUCCUAUGGUGAUCACACCGCUCACGACGAAGGCGUUUGGUGUCUUCACCCAGGCUUUGAAGCAGUCGCUCGCGGGCCGCAGCGAAGGGCCUGCUGGUACCGGAAAAACCGAGACUGUUUCGCUUCUGGGGCGCCGCCUUGGGAGAGAGGUCAUUGUGACCUGUUGCGGAGAAGAAUUCGACGCCAAGUCUAUUUCCAGAGGGCUCUUAGGCUGCGCUCGAGUUGGCAGCUGGGCCGCUUUCGACGAGAUCAAUCGUCUGAGCCCCAACGUAUUAUCAUCAAUUAGCGAGGACAUCCUCUCCUGGCAAAGCGCUCGCCGACAAGGAGGCGGCGCCAUGCUGUCUGGCCAGUCGGUGGAGCUCACACCAGGCGCAGCUGUUUUCAUUACGCUCAAUCCCACCUAUAUCGGUCGUGCGACGCUCCCGCGGUCACUCACAAGGCUCUUUCGAACUGUCGUCAUGGCCCAACCAGACAGACAGCAGAUUAUUCAGGUGUUGCUGUAUGCAGUCGGUUUUCGAAGUGCCGAGUUGCUCGCUCGAAAGCUGGACCCCUUCUUCCACCUUCUCGAGUCGACGCUGAGUAAGCGCUCGCACUACGAUCUCAAUUCGCUGAGGUCAAUCAAAGCUACUCUCGCUGCGGCAGGGCAAGUGAAGCGAGCGCAAGGCACGCAAGAAGCAUCAGGUCAGACGGUCGAUGUGGUAGAGCAGUCCCUUGCAGUCAGCGCAGUCAUGGGAGUGAUUGUGCCGAAGCUCGUUGGGGAGGACGUCGCGCUGCUAGGCGCGCUGCUCGACGAUGUGUUCCCGGGUAUCCAGUACCAACCUCCUGCGCUAGAUGAACUUCGCAAACACAUCUCCGACGUAUGCCUUGAACGCCAUCUCGUCUGCGAUGGAGUAUGGCUCGACAAAAUCAUUCAGCUGUACGAGAUUCAGCGCAUUUCGCAUGGUGUCAUGCUUGUUGGGCCCUCCGGCACAGGCAAGUCGGUUGCAUGGUCGGUCCUACUCGAAGCUCUCCACCGGCUGGAAGGCAUCGACGGUGUCUCAUAUGUCAUGGACCCCAAAGCCGUCUCCAAAGAUGGCCUAUACGGAACGCUAGAUGUGACCACUCGAGAGUGGACCGAUGGUCUCUUUACAAAUGUCCUGCGCCGCAUCGUCGACAACGUUCGGGGGGAAAGUGCGAAACGCCACUGGAUUGUCUUCGACGGUGACGUUGACCCUGUUUGGGUAGAAAAUCUGAAUAGCGUGCUUGAUGACAACAAGCUGUUAACGUUGCCCAAUGGAGAGCGCAUCGACUUGCCUUCGAACGUUCGCGUCAUGUUUGAAGUUGAGCAUUUGCGCUUCGCGACACCGGCCACAGUCUCGCGCUGCGGUAUGAUCUGGUUCAGCGAGGAAAGCGUCACGCCAGCGAUGCUCUAUAAAAACUACUUUGGACACCUUCGAGCGAGACCUCUCGGCGCGGCCGACGACGACGACCUUGCCCCUUCGACUGCUAGGAGAGACGUAGCGAGCGGUUCAGGUGACUCGCCUGCGUCAGCAGAACUCGUAACACAACGCAUCGUUGCCGACGCCAUUGAGACCUUCUUUGCUCCUCAAAGCCUGAUCGACACUGCUCUUGCGCGCGCAGAAGACUUUUUCCACAUCAUGCCUUUCACCGCGAGCCGCGCCCUCACUACUUUGUUCUCCCUUAUCAAUAAAACAGUCCGCAAUGUGUUCGACUACAACCAGCAGCAUCCAGACUUUCCUCUCGCGCCAGCGCAGAUAGGGGCGUACGCUACCAAGCGCCUGGUGGUCAGCGUAGUAUGGUCGUUCACCGGGGAUGCGAAGCUGCACGUCCGUGCAGAAAUGGGAGAGUUUCUCGCGUCUCAAACGGGGGUCGACAUGCCUCCUCUAGACAACGGAGCAUCCCUCAUUGACUUCGAUGUUCAAGUCGCCACGGCAGAAUGGUUCGAGUGGACAACGCGCGUUCCGACCAUCGAAAUCGAAACGCACGCAGUGGCAAGCGCAGACGUCGUCAUUCCAACCAUGGACACUGUGCGCCACGAGGAAGUGCUCUACUCUUGGCUGUCAGAGCAUAAGCCUCUCAUGUUGUGCGGUCCGCCCGGAUCGGGCAAGACUAUGACACUAUUCGCCGCCCUGAGGAAGCUCCCAGACCAAGAAGUUGUUGGUCUCAAUUUCUCGAGCGCGACUACCCCUGAGCUCAUUCUAAAGACCUUCGACCAGCACUGCGAGUAUCGCAAGACGCCGAACGGAGUCAUCCUCGCACCCAAGCAGAUCGGCCGCUGGAUUGUGCUCUUCUGCGACGAGAUCAACCUGCCAGCCACCGAUCAGUAUGGAACACAGCGAGUCAUCUCUUUCUUGAGACAACUUGUCGAAAGAGGCGGAUUUUGGCGUACUUCAGACCUCGCGUGGGUAACGCUGGAGCGGAUUCAAUUCGUAGGGGCAUGCAACCCACCGACGGAUGCUGGCCGUGUCCCGCUCAGCCAACGGUUUUUGCGUCACGCUCCCCUUGUCAUGGUGGACUACCCUGGCGAAGUCUCCCUGAAUCAAAUUUACGGAACCUUCAACCGGGCUCUCUUGAAAUUAGCACCGAAUCUCCGAGGCUACGCCGAAGCACUGACGUCGGCCAUGGUCGAUUUCUACCUUGCCUCUCAGAGCCGUUUCACGCCCGACAUGCAAGCUCACUACGUCUACUCGCCACGUGAGCUGAGUCGAUGGGUUCGCGGUCUAUACGAGUAUCUCAAGCCAGUCGACGACACCAUAACUGUGGAAGGGUUGGUCCGAAUUUGGGCACACGAAGGUCUGCGCCUGUUCCGAGACCGAUUGGUCGGUGAGGAUGAGAAAGAGUGGACGGAUAGCCAGCUUGAUGCUGUUGCUUUGGCAAGAUUUCCAACCGUAGAUCAGAAUUUGGCACUCGCGCGUCCUAUCAUCUACAGCAAUUGGCUCACCCGCAACACCAGCAGUGUAGCUUUGCCCGAUCUGAGAGCGCACACCGUCGCUCGUCUGGCGCAGUAUAGUGAAGAAGAGUUAGAGACUAGGCUCGUGCUACACGACUCAGUCAUGGCUCUGGCCACUUCCGUGGAUCGCGUCUUGCGUCAACGUCAAGGACACCUGCUCCUCAUCGGGUCAUCAGGCAGCGGACGAACCACCGUGACUCGUUUUGUCGCCUGGCUCGUGGGGCUCAGUGUCUUCACCAUCUCACCAAGUCGACGGUACGGAAUGGCCGACUUUGACGAGGAUCUCCGCGGAAUCCUUCGGCGUGCCGGAACGCAGGGCGAGAAGCUCUGUUUUAUCAUCGACGAAUCGCAGGUCCGAGAUCCAGCCUUUUUGGAGCGCAUGAACACCCUGCUGGCCAAUGCCGAGAUCCCGGGGCUCUUCGAAGGAGACGAGUACAGCGCCCUGAUGACAGCUUGCAAGGAAGGAUCACAAAGGGACGGACUGAUGCUCGACUCCCCAGACGAACUGUACUCUUGGUUCUCGAGCGAAAUCUCCAAGAACCUUCACGUCGUCUUCACCUUCAACCCCGAACAAGGGGUCGGAUCCAGAGCAGCUACCUCACCCGCUCUGUUCAACCGCGCGGUUCUUAUAUUCUUGUAGAAUUAAAGGUGGCCACAGCCUUCUCAGUCCCGUUCAUCAAUAUCUCGUUCGACGCCGUUCACAACGUCGUCCUCUCAAAGGGCACAAGAAUGCAGGAGCCUGCAUUGAUGUUUGACGUGGCAGGCGCACCUGUGGUUACGCGUCCCAUUUGAUAUGAGUCGUCAUGUGCAUGACAUCGAUAAUAGAUUUUCUAGCUAAGUGAAGAGUGACAAGCGUCGUAAAGACCGACGCAGUCCGUGCUCGGCGUGCCAAGUCACAAUGAGACACCGACGAGCCAGCCUAUCUGCUGUACAAGUGCUCGAUGGUACAUUUGGAAGACUUGUCUGAUGGCC